AUGUUUGUGCAGUGCGGCGUGUCGGGAGUGAUCUGGAAGGUCCGCAGGCAGAGUGAUGGAGCUGUGUUUGUGAUGAAGGAGAUGGAGAUGAAGUUGUUUGGUGCAAAGUCGGCCAAGCAUGCCAUGUCGGAGGUCUCUGUCCUCGCCUCGAUGGCACACCCCAACAUCAUUGCCUUUGAGGAGGCUUGGACUGAUGACAAUCAACUGUACAUCGUCAUGGAGUACGCCGCCCGAGGGGAUCUUGCCCGAGAGAUCUCGCGCAAGCUCCGCAAGCACGCCGAGUACUACACAGAGGCCAAGCUUGUCAAGUGGUUUGCUCAGAUGCUCCUCGGUCUCAAGCACAUGCACGACCGCAAGGUCCUGCACCGCGACCUCAAACCGGGCAACAUCUUUCUCGCCAAGGACAAGACCAUCAAGAUCGGCGACUUUGGCGCAACCACCAUUCUCUCCCGCGCAUUGUCCAAGGCCGAGACCACCGUCGGCACGCCAUCGUACCUCUCGCCCGAAGUCUGCCGUGGCAAGCCAUACGGGCCCAAGAAUGAUGUCUGGGCCCUCGGCGUCGUCCUCUACCGCCUCGCCACCUUUCGCUUCCCCUUUGAAGGUUCUACCCUCAAGUCGCAGAUGAAGUCCAUUGUCAAGGACCGCCCGCGCGCCAUCCCGCGCCACUUUUCAGACGCCUUUGCCGGCCUCAUCACCGCCAUGCUCCGUAAGGACCCGCAUGUCCGGCCCUCGGUCGACGACCUCCUCACUGCGCACCCCAAGGUCGACGCUGUCGCCCGCAAGCUCAUGUCCAAGGCCGCCUACCGCGCCGCCGCUGAGCCCAGCGCAUCAGCUUCCAGCCGCAGCGCACGCUCCCGCUCCCGCCCCCGCUCCCGCUUCCGCAAGGCCAAGGCCAAGCCGCCGCACUCGCGCGGCGAUCGCGCCUACGAGACUCUCGAGGCCAUGUUCCGCCGCCUCGUCCAGCAGCGCGCACGCCGCAAGCUCGACGAGCUCAAAACGCUUCAGGCCGAGCGCGCCGCCCUCGGUUCAUCGUCAUGCUCUGGCUCGUCAUCAGCAUCGUCGUCGUCAUCGUCGUCAUCGUCAGGCGCGGGCUCAUCAUCAGCCUCGUCGACAGCAGGCGCGUCGACCACCGCGGUCGACCUAGAAGACCUUGAGGCCCAUCCGCGCGACAAGUACGAGCUCCCACAUGAUCCGCGCGAGGACGACAUGUCGUGGCGGAGGCUGCCCCUCACUGACGCCGAGGGCUACAUCGCUGCUGUCCGCUCACUUCGCAUGGAGCACAUGGAACCCGAGGUCCGCCUCGAGGCCACCAUCAAGCUCGCCAAUCCCGAAGACCACUCAAUGUAUGUCCGCCACCACAAGGGCGACCUCCUCCCGCGCAGACUCCUUGACAAUGUUUCAUCGCCUACCAAGGAGCAGCGGAGGCGGACGUCGGUCCUUCACGCCGCCUCGCGCUCGCGGCGCCGCUCGUCCGACUCGUCCGUUACCGCCACUGCCACAGCUGCCGCCACCACUACAGGCGGCACCUCGUCGUCCUCGUCGUCCUCGGGCUCUGGCUACAACUCUAACUCUAUCACAGACUCGGACUCGUACACGCUUUCGGCCUCGACUUCUUCGGCAACGGUGACGCUUUUGUCCCGCAAGCCGCGCCGCGUUCGCCGCUCGACCCACACUUCGCGCUCCUCGGCCUUCCGCCGUGUCGCCAGCUCGCAGUUUGGGAGUGACAGCAUCGAGAGCCGCCGCUCGCGUACGGGCCUGCGCGCCUCGGCCUCCAUGUCGGGCCUCAACAGGCUCGCCAUCGAAAAGGCGCGCAAGUCCUCGAGACGCUCGCCGCUCUCGCGCUCGGCUCGCUCAUCAGCCCGCUCGGCUCGCUCAACCUCGCGCUCGACCUCACGCUCGACCUCGCGCGUCCGCGUGCGCAAGCCGAGCAAAUCUCGGGCAAGGACCUCCCGUUCGGCCUCGGGCCGGCGCUGAAAGCCGUGCCCGCCGGCUACUUGCCACCCUCGCGACGCCAGUGCUCCUUAAAUGACAAGCCUCGG